AUGUCAUCAUCGGAGGUCCCCUGCCCCGCAUGCAAAUGGACCCCAGAUCAGCAAAGACGCUGCGCCUACCAAAGUAGCGUGCGCCUCUUCCACGGAGCCCACGAUCGGGGUUACUGGUCCCUCGGCUCAAAGUUUCUUCUCAAGGAGCGCGGGAGAGAUCCCCUUAGCCAUGAGGUCAUCAACAUCCACUUCAUCAAAGAGAAUACCACCAUCCCCGUCCCGACCACCGUGCAGGAGUGGACCGAGGGCGAGAAAUAUUUUCAGAUCGUCGAGCGGGUGCCUGGGGUACCGUUAGAGGAGAUCUGGCCGUCAAUCCCCCAACCCGACCGGGAAAGACUGGCUCGUCAGACCGCAGAGUAUCUGGGGCAGCUCCGCUCGUUCCACUCCGCUAAGAUGGAAAGCCUCCAUGGUCAACCGCUUUCAUGUCCUCAUCUCUUUAACGAUGAUAAUCUUGGCGUCACACACGGCCCACUGAGCACAGCCGACGAGCUCUGGGAUGUUUUGGCGAAAUCCUUGAGCGACAAAGUACCGGAAGUUGUUAAAUUGCGGCUCCGUGAUCGCAUGCCUUCUCCUCACCCGUGGACCUUUACCCACGGGGACUUGACUGACUGCAACAUUAUCGUGGACCCAGUUAAAUUUGAAUUGAGCGGUCUUAUUGACUGGGAGGGCUCGGGGUAUUACCCUGUAUGGUGGGAGUUUAUGGGGGCUAGCCUCGGGUUCGGUGAGGAUGACCUAGAGUGGAAGCGUCUGCUACUGGGAAACAUGACCAAUCAGAAGGAGGCUCGCGUAUGGUUUCUGGAAUUCAGGUCGUUUAGUUCGCGUGUGGGUGAUACAGACACACGAUUGAAGGUGCUAAAGGAAUGCGGCAUUGAGGAAGACAUAGAGAUCUAG